AAACAAAGAACAGCCCACACGUGCGGGUAGUCUUCCUCUACUCUUCAGCUAGGGUUUCUAACCAGUCUCUCUUCCAUCUCUUUCUUGGCACCUCUUCUUCUUCUCCUCCCUUCAACCGCAGAAUCGCCGGAGACCGCCACAUCCGGCGACCCAGAAUCCGAAGUGCCCUCCAGAUCGCAAUUCGCAGGAUAACGAUCGAUUUCGGAGAUACCCACGUUCGAAUUUGGGCUGCGUUCUCCAUCGCUAACGAUGGGCGAGGCCGGAAAGCGAUCGCGCUUCCAAAGGGACUACGAGGGCGAGAGCAAGAAUCCGAAGAGACGGGCUGUGGACAGAGACGAGAAGGGCAGUGACGAAGUGGUCGUGUACAGGAUUCUUUGCCCCGAUGGGGUCAUCGGGAGUGUGAUCGGCAAGAGUGGGAAGGUGAUCAACACGAUAAGGCAGGAGAGCAGGGCGAAGGUCAAGGUGGUCGACCCGUUCCCCGGUGCCAAGGAUCGGGUCAUCCUCGUCUACUGCUAUGUCAAGGACAAGAAGGAUGUGGACGUGGACGACGAUUUCGAUGACGACAAGCCCCUAUGCGCCGCGCAAGACGCGCUCGUCAGGGUCCACACCGCCAUUGUCAGGUCCCUCGCGGCCUUCGCGGAGUCCGAGAAGAAGCGGGCCGACAGGGACGAAUGCCGGAUUCUGGUCCCUUCGAGUCAGUCGGCGAACGUCAUCGGCAAGGCCGGAGCUACAAUUAAGAGGCUGAGAAGCAAGACGAGGACGAAUAUCAAGGUUACCGCGAAGGAUGCAUCUGAUCCGACUCACUCGUGUGCCUUGGAGUUCGACAACUUCGUUACGAUAACUGGGGAAUCAGACUCAGUGAAGAAAGCGUUAUAUGCGAUUUCUGCAAUUAUGUACAAGUUCACUCCUAAGGAGGAGAUUCCUCUUGAUACAUCUGUGCCUGAAGCCCCUCCAAGCAUAAUUAUCCCUUCAGAUAUUCCCAUCUUUCCCCCUGGUGGAUAUGGGAGCACUGAUCCUAUUAUUCCAGGAUCAGUUCCUCCAAUCUUGGGUGCUGCACAUUUGUCUGAACUUCAAGGUUAUGGGGAUCCAGGAAGCACAUGGUCGGCCUAUUCAUCUUCUCUCCCGGUGGUUUCUUUUGGUGGUGGCUCCCCGUCUGAGGAGCUGAUUAUCAGAGUUCUAUGCCCCUUUGACAAGAUUGGACGUGUUAUUGGCAAGGGAGGAGGCACAAUUAAAAGCAUAAGACAGGCGAGUGGUGCUCGUAUCGAGGUUGAUGAUUCUAAGGGUGACCGUGAUGAGUGCAUAAUCACUGUUAUAGCAACUGAGUCACCUGAUGAUAUGAAAUCCAUGGCCGUUGAAGCUACUCUAUUGCUUCAAGGGAAGAUCAAUGAUGAAGAUGAUGAUACUGUUUCUAUGCGACUCCUUGUUUCAUCAAAAGUGAUUGGAUGUAUAAUAGGAAAAGGUGGAUCAAUUAUAAAUGAAAUUCGGAAGAGAACUAAAGCGGAAAUCCGAAUUUCGAAAGGCCAGAAACAAAAAAGUGUUGAUUCAAGUGAGGAACUUGUUGAGGUAUCGGGAGAAGUAGUUAAGGUGAGAGAUGCGCUUAUCCAAAUUGUGUUAAGGUUGCGGGACGAUGUUCUCAAAGAAAAGGAUGGAGUUCAUAACCAUUCUGUGGGUGCUGACUCUCUUGGCAGUGGUCACUCAGUGCCUUCUGCCUUGCCUUCAGUUCGUCCUGUUACUUCAUUGAGUUACGAUCAAAAGGCUGAUGUUGCAAGUGGCUUGGGCAUGCUCUCUUCAAGCAGCCUUUAUGGAUAUGGAUCUUUGUCGAUGAAUGAAAGUGGCUAUGGAUCCUUAUCCUCCUAUUCAUCAAAGCUAUAUGGCGGAUUACCUCCUCCAUCGACUCUCGAAAUAAUUAUCCCUGCAAAUGCAGUGGGUAAGGUAAUGGGAAAAGGAGGAGCAAAUAUAGCCAAUAUUCGUACGAUAUCCGGAGCGAUGGUAGAAAUCUCUGAACCCAAAUCAUCUCGUGGUGAUCGCAUUGCUCAUAUAUCUGGCACACCAGACCAGAAGCGCACUGCUGAAAACCUGAUUCAAGCAUUCAUAAUGGCCACUUGACAUGGAAGCUCUUCUUGGUAUCUUUUGGUGAUGGGAGUUACCUUCUGUGAAUGUUUUCUCCGUAGUUCCCUUAGGUGGUUCGUGCAGAGGAUUAGUUUAUCUCCUCUAUGCUCUUCUCCUGUUACUUCCUAGCUCUGCCCAAUGUCCCAUGGGAAGAAAAUGUAGCUUGCUCUAUAUUUAGAGGAUAUAGGUUCUUCUGUGCUGUUUUAAUCUACUGGGCAGCUAUGGUUUGGGGCUACUUAUCAGGAUCUUCCUUUCCAUUUCUUGAGUUUGUCUGGUCUUUUGUCUGGUCUUGUCAGUAACUGUUGACUUCGCAUCUUUUUCCAGUGUUUAGUACUCUGCUAACUGAUUUCCAAUCCGAGGGUCGUUUAUAGAUAUAUUCAUCACUGUUCUGGUAACCAUCUUCUUACUCUUAACUUCUUUCAAGGAAGGAUAUUUUCUUCUCCAUCUGUGUUCCACGGUGCUGUUGAUAUUCAUUUACACAUUUGUUAUAAUUCUAUCCAUAGCUCCUUGAUGGGAGGAUAUUCUCUAUUGAGAAGAUGAGGAGAGGUGCCGAUGUAUGAAGAGAUCUCAGAGAAGAGGAAUUAUCUCGGCUGCAAAAAUCUCUAAAAGCAUUAACUUUCUCUCACUUCUUGAUUCUGGAUUGGUGUCAUAAAAAAUUUAGUCCAUAUCCUUAUUCUGUCCAUCUGAAAAUUGAUAUUUUGUUGUCAGAUCGGUGUUUCAUGAUUCAUCGAACAAAGUUCUUCAUGUGAUCUUCCCUUUUAGGAGCUUGUUGGGCUGCGAAAGUCUCUAAAUUAUAUUUCCUGGACCUUCUUCACCCUUGUCCUUUUGCCGUUGUCUUUGCUAGACGCGGUUGGCUGUCCAUCCAAAGACACAUCAACUGUAGGACCUUUAUGUUUAAUUAUCAUUAUCGCAUGGAAUUCAUCAUGUCAGCUUUCUUUUGGAAAGCUAUUUUGUAUAUCUUGUCCUCUAUUUCUUCGGACAAAAACCGAUUAAUAGUUACAACUCUUGAAGGAUGGGCAUUUCAACAAGUUUUUUCAUGGUCUACGCAUAGCUUACAUCCUUCCCUUUGGUAAGCAGAAAACCAUUUUAGUGAUCGAGUUAUAGCGAAUGCAACUUGAGGUUCAGUCAUGAUGAGCUCCACAGAAGGGAUAGAUGGAUUAAGGAAAGAGAUUUUUCUUUUUCAAGACAUCUUUCUUUUAUAUUGGAAUUUUUUUAUGCGUUUUCUCAAGACAUUUUUCAUCCUUUCUACUCUCUUAGGAAUGAAAAAAAUUCUCUCCACCAAUGAAGUUUAUGGAGUACAACACGUUUUGUGUUUAUGAUAAAAAGUUCCUUGGAUCAUAGUCUAGUAUUGACCUUGCAGCUUUUGAUCAUUCUUCAAACAGUCUUCCUUUCUCUAGAGGAUUAUGAACUUUCCCAAUUCCCUUCAGUUUGCUGAUUUUGUGACUUAUUCUUUAAGACGUUUUUUAGCAUACCUCGAAUAAGAAUUUUUCCAUGAAUCUCUAAGUUUUUUGUCUUCAGUUUGGAUUUGGUUAACCCAAAUAUAAGGCAUCUUUUGAAGUUGUUGGCUUCACUAAAUUUUUUUAAGCUUCUUGAUGGUGAACCAUUUUAUCUUGCACCAGAAUGCUUGUGGCACUGGUGCAAGAACAUACGAAGCUGAUGCUGACCUUGUUACAACAUCAUUUUUGAGGAGACUCUCGGUUCCCAGAUGAUCAGACAUUUGGGACCACUUGAAAUUAUAACAUCCGUCAAACAUGAGUUAAACCAUUCUCCUUACAAUUUCAACUUUAGUACCUAGGGAGUUCUUUGACGCACCCGAGGAGCGGUGCUUUGGUUUAGCUCAUCGCUCCGUUUUUCAGCUUGGUCAAUUUUCUUCCUGGACUCAUUCUACCCAAUUUCUGUUUUAUUGAUUGCUUGUGCUCACUACUCUACAAGAAAACUACUUCAUAUAUGUUCUUUCACUAAGUACGAUCAGCUAUAUGAAGUCUUAUACUGUCAUGCUCUACUGACUGCGAGUGGGGUCAGCUAUGGGAAGUCUUUUAUUCCGUCUUGCUUACUUAGUCCUACGUUUGUUGUACAUCUAAACUCAGUGAUCUUUCUUUCAAAAUUCUGCCCAUGUGGCCCAAUCAGCUGAAGGUCAUCAUUCAAACCACCUCAAACUAAUUUGUCUCACAUGUCCAAACCACCAACUUUUCCUUGAAAUAUAUUUUUUUCUAAUUUGAUCUUGUCUUGAGUGCUUACUCUUGUACCUGAGUACUCUAAUCUCCAUCACACUCAUUAUGCACAUAGUUGUGUUACAUUUCAUGUCGUAAAGCAUCCUUGUCUCGUUGUUGUCCUAUAGAAGUUUCUUUGAAAAUGAAUGGCAUUUUCCGAUAACCGUUAGAUAUGUUUGUCCUUUCUGCUUCUGUUCUUUUAGUGACAUCUCCAUCCAUUUUUCUAUCCUUUUUGAAAUGAAUUUAGCUGUCAGAAUUUCUUGGUCUUUGGUACUACUAGGCCUCAUUGUUUUACCAUCACGUACUAUGAAUCUCUUCCUUGACUGAAUUUGCAUUCCAUGUUUUUGUUUUACGUUAAUUAAAACAAGAGCCAUUAGAUUUCAAAUUAUUCCCUUUCACUCAAAAUUCUAAAUUUCUCAUUUUUCAAAUGCUUAAAUGUAUGUAUUGAAGGAGUUCGAGAGAAGUGAGGGGAAAUGGUUACCUAGAAAAAUAUUUCCCCAAAAGACUAAGUAGGAAGACAUGGGGAGAAUUAUUUUUGUUUGGCCACAUUAAUUUCCUUCCAACACUGGAAGGCUUGGGAGGCAAAUUAACUUUCAGAGAUUUCUUUUGCCAAAUGUGGUCCUUUAUUUUGUUUUCAAAACAAAUAAGAUAGAGGUUACUUUAUAGAUUCAAUUAAAUUUGUUUCCCUCCACAUCUUCUUUUCUAUGCAUAUCUAAACAAAUGAGGAAUAUUACAAUUUUUUUCUGGUCUUCUUUCCAUUUUACUUUCCUUCCCCAGAUUUGGACAUUGAAGAAAUGGUUACCUAGAUAAAAAAAAAUUUCCCUUGUUUGGAUGAUUAAACAAAAGAGGAAAUAGAAGGAAAUGGGGAGAAUUAUUUCUCUUUGGCCACCAUUAAUUUGCUUCCAACACUGGAAGGCUUGGGGGGCAAAUUAACUAUUAGAGAUUUUUCUGGCUGAAUGUUGUCCUUUACUUUGUUUUCAACACAAAUAAGAGAGAGGUUACUUUAGAGAUUCAAUUAAUUUUGUUUCCCUCCACGUCUACCUUUCAACGCAUAUCCAAACAAAUUAGGAAAAUUGCAAUAUUCUCUUCUUUCCGUUUCCUUUAUUUUCCUUCCUGCUCACCUCCCUGUUCACGUAGGUUGAAUUUGUGAAUAGUUUUAUAAAUCAGUAAUGUUAGUUAAUAUUCUGGAGAGAGGAGUUGAAUUGAGAGGCAAUAUAAGAAGACGUUUAUUCCUAAACUGCUUGGACAUGCUCUUUCAACAAGGGAAUAGAUGAGCAUGCUUGUGUUUUGGGCUUCAUAACAAGUUUUCACAUUCUUUUUGUUUAUUGCAUGUGCUGGAGUUCUCUGAUCAGCUAUUGCACAUCUUUUGUCAAGUCUGAUUCAAGAUUUGGACAUUGAAGAAAUGGUUACUUAGGUAAAAAAAAAUUCUCUUGUUUGGAUGAUUUAACGAAAGAGGAAAUAGAAGGAAAUGAGGAGAAUUUUUCUCUUUGGCCACCAUUAAUUUCCUUCCAACACUGGAAGGCUUGGGAGGCAAGUUAAGUUUUAGAGAGUUUUUGGCUGAAUGUUGUCCUUUACUUUGUUUUCAACACAAAUAAGAGAGAGUUUACUUUAGGGAUUCAAUUAAAUUUAUUCCCUUCCAUGUCUUCCUUUCAAAUCAUAUUCAAACAAAUGAGGAAACUUACAAUUUUCUUUUCUUCUCUUCUUUCCAUAUCCUUUAUCUUACUUCCCGCUCUCCUCCCUGCUCACUUAGGUUGAAUAUGUGAAAAGUUGUAUAAAUCAAUAAUGUUAGUUUAUAUUCUGGAGAGAGGUGUAGUUGUAUUGAGAGGCAAUAUAAGAAGAAACUUAUUCCUAAACUGCUUGGACAUGCUUAUUCAACAAGAGAAUAGAUGAGAAUGUUAACCAAGAUCAGAUUCAGACAUUGAAGGAUUCCUUAAACGAAAAAAUAUCAACCGAGCUCAUGUGUCUACAUGCAGUAUAGUUAGCAAACCUAGGCUGUCGAACUUGGAAAACUGCAUUACCUUUUCCCUUUCAAGAGUAUUGUUUCCUAGCUACAUUGUUAACUCAAUGCAGCAACUUUUCUAUUUUGAGUUUGUGCCAGAUGUUUUACGACAUUUGAGUGUUGCUCACCAUCUGGUUUUUCAUUUAUUAUCUUCCUCAAGUAUAAUCUGAUACCCCGGCAUACAUAUGGUUCUUCUGGUCAUCUCCGGACUAAUGUAUAUCUCUACUUAAAACUCUGUUGAAACAUCAAACUCUUCGGUUUUCCUUUCUAUUGGGGCUAGUUUGUCUUUAUUCUCUUCUAGCAUUUGUUCCAUUGCUGAUCUCCUCAUGUGCAUCUAAGUGUUCUUCGUUGGAUUGGGUGAAUCUCUCUCUCUCUCUCUCUCUCUCUCUCUGGGUUCAUUUGUGUCUUCUUGCCCCUAUUCUGGAAUGGUUUCUGGAGGUGGUGAGUUUGGGGUGGAGGAGGAAGGCCUGCUGGAAGAUGUGGAGCAGCAAUAGCAGUUGAUGGUCUUGGUGAUGGUUUUUAAGAAGAUACUCUAGAUUAUUAUUUGCAAUGUUUUCCCUGAGAAAUAUGAGGUGUGGAAUAUGUCCUGCAUCAUCUUGCUCUUUGCUUUUAGAUGGCAGAUCUGAGAUGCAAGUGUUUUGCAUCGGUCAUGUUCAACUAGCCUUUGUAUGAUUUUUUCUUGGAGCAGUGACAAAAUACAGUUUGUUAGGUUUCAACAAGUGGUGAUCUUAUUUAUAAUGUUAUAACAGAUGCACAUUUUUUGCUUA